UCUCUUAACAGUGCGACCGGAGUUCUGUGAAGAUGGUGAUGGUGGUUGAAACAUAUGGGGCCAAAAGGCCAAUCACCACAAGCUGGAUAUGCACCAUAGGUCCCAUCCCACAAAUGGGUCACGUCCUGGACCUAAUCAUCAUCUCAAGUCCACCAAGAGCUGGGAACAUGGCACCACGUCAGGGAGGUCACCCUGGAAACAUCAUGCCAGAUGUAAAAUCGCUAGAAAACAUCGGACCAUGAGUAGUAAAAGCACAUGGAGCCCCAAAAAGAUAUGGCAUCCCAUUAACAUCAGGUGUUACUGGUCCUUAAGAAACCCCCCUAAUCAUA